UGGUGGAAUGAACAGUUCAAAUAAGCAAUGCAUCCUCCAACUUCGUUUAGGUCCUCGCCGCGAAAUGGUGGACCUUCCCAAAUCCCUCUCUCCUCGCCGUCUCCUCAAACUCCUCGAGUCCCAACAGAACCUCACCUCCGCCCUCCAACUCUUCCACGCCGCCACACGUCUCCCAAACUACACCCACUCCGCCGACGUCUUCCUCCACAUCCUCCGUCGCAUGACCCCCGACCCCAUCCUUCUCCAUUCCCACGCCCCCCACAUCGUUCAAACCAUCCAAAAAACUCAAAACUUCAUCUGCCCUGAAGAUAUCCCUCUCACUCUCUUGAAAGCCUAUGCUAAAACCUCAAUGCCAGAUCAAGCACUGAAAAUCUUUCAAAACAUGGGUCGGGUUUUCGGGUGUAAACCUGGUGUUCGCUCGUUCAAUACACUCCUUAAUGCUUUUGCUGAAUCCCAUCAAUGGGACCGGGCGGGAAAGUUUUUCGCGUAUUUUGAAACUGCGGGUGUUUCUCCUAACGUGCAGACUUAUAAUGUCUUGAUGAAGGUUCUGUGUAAGAAGGGUGAGUUUCAGAAGGCGAGGAAGUUGGUAACGUGGAUGUGGAGUGUGGGUUUGAAGCCUGAUAGGUUUACUUACGGAACUUUGAUAGGUUUGUUUGUGAAAAGCCGUGAUUUGAAUACUGCAUUGGAAGUGUUUGAUGAAAUGUCUGAACGAGGUGUUGAGCCUGAUGUUACUUGUUAUAACAUUAUUAUUGAUGGGUUUUUUAAAAUGGGUGAUUUUUUUAAGGGUAAGGAGAUGUGGGAGAGGUUGUUGAGGGUGGAAACGGUUUUUCCGAAUGUUGUUAGUUAUAAUAUCAUGAUUAGUGGGUUGUGUAGGUGUGGGAGGUUUAAGGAGAGUUUGGAGAUAUGGGAGAGGAUGAAGAUGAAUGAUUGGAAGCAUGAUGUUUUUACUUAUAGUGCUUUGAUUCAUGGGUUGAGUGAGGCUGGGGAUUUGGAUGGUGCUAAAAGGGUUUAUAAGGAGAUGGUUUUGAGAGGGGUUAAAGCUGAUGUUGUUACUUGUAAUGCAAUGCUUAAUGGUUUGUGUAAAGCUGGGAAGGUUGAUGAGAGUUUUGUACUGUGGGAGGAGAUGGGGAAGUGUGGUUCGCGAAAUGUAGGAAGUUAUAAUGUAUUUCUUAAAGGGUUGUUUGAUAAUGGGAAGGUGGAUGAAGCAAUGAAUCUGUGGGAGGUGGAUUGUUGUGUAGAGUCAGCUACUUAUGGAAUAUUGGUUCAUGGUUUGUGUAAGAAUGGGCAUGUGAAUAAGGCUUUGCGGGUGUUGGAAGACGCUGAAAAUAGAGGCGGUGAUGUGGAUGCCUUUGCAUACUCGUCAAUGAUAAGUGGUUUGUGCAGAGAAGGAAGAUUGGAUGAAGCGGCUGAAGUUUUGAAUUUGACAGAUAAGCGUGGAUGUAGACUGAACCCUCAUGUCUAUAAUGCACUCAUCGAUGGGUUUAUAAAACAUUACAAAGUUGACAGUGCUAUUCAAGUCUUUAAGGAAAUGAGCACCAAAGGUUGCUCACCUAAUGUUGUGUCUUAUAAUAUUCUUAUUAAUGGAUUUUGUAGAGCAGAAAGAUUUCCCGAGGCAUACCAUUGCGUUGAGGAAAUGUUGGAGAGAGGGUGGAAACCAAAUAUUAUCACAUACAGCACGUUGAUAGAUGGUCUUUGUCAGGGCAAGAUGAACGAGAACGACACGGCACUUAGGCUGUGUUAUCAGUUUCUUGCAAAGGGUUUUAAGCCUGAUAUUACAAUGCAUAACAUUGUUAUCCAUAGACUUUGUUCUUCUGGUAAAGUGAAAUAUGCUUUGCAGUUAUAUUGGAUGAUGAGAAAGAGAAACUGUGUUAAUCUUGUUACACAUAAUACCAUUAUGGAGGGUUUUUACAAAGUUGGGGACUGUGAAAAGGCAUCAAAGAUUUGGGCUCAAAUCUCAGAAGAUGGGCUAAAACCUGACAUCAUCUCAUAUAAUAUUACUCUUAAUGGACUCUGCGCUUGUGGUAGAGUAACAGAUGCAGUUAGGCAUCUAAAUGAUGCUUUGGCUCAUGGUGUUAUACCAACUGCUAUUACAUGGAACAUACUAGUCAGAGCUGUGAUUUUUUUUGGUGAAUCAACUUGAUUUAAAAUAACUUAGUUUGGCUCCUACUUUUAUCUCAUGCGCCUGUUGAGUUCAUCAACUACAUGCAUAUUCGAUUGAUAUACAAGCAUUUUGUUGGCUUCCCACCAGAAAUAGUAUGAAUGAUAUGUUUAGGUUUGAACCUAAGCUGCAUUUGUCGGUAUGGGUACAUGGGUGCAAUACAGGUCGGAGCUUGCCCUAAGUGAGUGCCUGCAGUUUGCAGUUGUAUGAACAGAAAGGGUCAUGGGAUUUUUGUUGUGGGAAAUUUUUUUAAUCUGCCUCAAGCCAUACAUCAGUUGGUCGUUUUCUUUAAGGCAUUUGGAGUUUCACACAGCAAUUACUAUAUUCCUGUGUUUGGUACCCUAAUUUUUUAAGCUACACAGAAGGAAUGACCUUGUAUAGUAAUUGGUUUCUCAGUGUACUUAUUUACAUGAUGGAAGAUGCAAAGGUAAAUUUAGCUUCUAAAGGUGAACUGAGAAAUCAAAGCCACAAGAAUUGCUCCAAAAACUGCCACUUUUCUCCAAUCAGUUGAUGGGGAGG